AUGAGCGAUUCAUUGUGUGGCCCGUCAAAUGCUCUUCAAAACCUCCAGAAACAUGCGUCUGCUGACCGGACCCUUCAGCAAGAUAGACUGGUUUCGCGGCAACCGUCUUCGCAGGGCUUCCGCUCUCAGAGUCUCAACCAGGGCAUUUUAGAUCACGAGUUUGCUGCUUUUGAGUCCAACACAGUGGACACUCCGGUUCCCAAUUUGCAACACGCAGCAAUACCCUUCUCUGCACGUUCCUCACAUCAUGCGAUACGAAGCUUCGCAGAAAAUCAAAAUUGGGCGACCGAUUUUCAAAGGCUACAGAUAUCAGGGCCUUCACAUACAAUCUACCAACAUCGAGGACCUUUAGCGGCCUCCGCGUCGGCUGUUCCGCAACAGGGCUGGCAAAAUGAGUUUUUGAAACAACAGCAACAACCGGACCCUACCCCGCAGUGGCAUCAGCAAGGGUUACAUCCAGCUUUUGCCUCGAGCCAUUCCUUCCAUGCAGCUUCUGUGAAUGCUCAUCCAAUUGCUCAGGAAGCAACCAGCAACCAGCAACCAGCAACACAGGUAUUUGAUGAGUCUGCUUUUGAAGCUGCUUUUGAACAGGCGAAAGCGGACAUGAUGUCGCAAGAUAUCGGGUCUACGCAAGAUACAAUUGAAGAAUCCUCUGACAACACUAUCCAGUUGGAUACGUCUGCUGUGGCUGAACCUGGAGAGACCAUUAGAAUUGGAUCGGACACUAUUCCCCAGACCAAUAAAAGCGACACACAAGCACAUAAUAAUAAUGCGGACGAGCUCGCCAGAACUGCGGGACACUUGCUGCAGAGUGUCAGUCAUGACCAAAGCCAGAAAUUUAAAGAAAGCAAUUUCCUUGCGUUGAUGCGCCGUAUACGGGAUCGCGAAGUCCAUGUCGAGGGAGACGAAUUCCGCGAAGUCAGUACCAGUUCGUGA